ACGGUGAGCCUUGGGUGCAUGGUCCUCGCUACCAUGAAGCUGGUGGUUUCCUAGGAGUGAAAGUGCUUUGCCGUUGUCUCUUAGGCCAUGGCCGUUCACAAUGAAGACCCGGUGGCACAAUCCAUAUCCUUCAUGACAUGCCCUGAGAUAAUAGAAGAUCCACCGACUAAACGAUUUGAUAACUCACACCAGCUGUAUCCAAGCGCCCACAUAUGGCCACAAACUCAACUGCUCCCUUGGAAGGCUACAUCCAGCGGGCCUUAGGAGAUCCCACGGCUAGCAUCUUCGCGCGUAGCGAUCUUAUGCCACCGCCAUACUUAAUCAAGGAGAAAAUCAACUACAUCUUGACCUUCAGAGGCUGCUUCAAUCCGCCUUAUCAAGGCCACAAAGAAACAUUGUGCCACGGCUUUUUUCGCGGUGGGGAAGGUAUCCACCUGAUAGCCGCCUUCAUCUUCCCUUUGGACGAUUAUUCCGUAGCCUGGAAGUACAAUCGCGGAAAAUCGUGCUCGAAGGACCUAAUUCUUACCCUACAACAGCGUAUCAACCUCAUCAACAAUAGUGGUCUCUAUGGUGGUUGGCACUGGUGUCAUCCACAUGGUGAGCCAGGCUCCGAAGCAUUUAAGGACCGACUUAUAUCAGAGGCCGCAGUAGAUGGCUUCAACAUACAGUACAUCACUUUAACUGGACCUGAUCACGUUGAUCGAGGAUAUGGGUCCUUAGGAUACUACGGGCCUACUAUAGUCGUUGGUACCGGGGACCGAGAACGCACCAGCUUACGCAUGGAAACGGAAACGGGACUCCGCAAAUUGACACGUUACAGCGACUGGCGUGUGGAAGCACUCGAAGAACUGUUCAUCCAGCAGCUGGGAGCGGGCGGUAACCUGACGUGGCUGGAGCAGAAAUUAUCAAUGCUGUUUCCGCGUUCAAUGACGAACCUUCCGGGCAACCGCGACGAGAGGCUCCAGAUGAUCAAGGAUCGACUACGCACUGGUAUGUGGCGUCUUGGACAGACGCGAAUGUGUCACCGCUCCAAAGCACCAUCUACUGAAUGGCUGCGGUAUGUGCCUACACGUUUCUUCGGUAUGACAGGCGGUGUCUGGUUUCUCGGCUACAAAGAGCAACAGCUAUCAUCAACGCGACUUCGCCGCGCGCUUGCAUCCUCCAACGAUGCAGAACAGCUCAAGAAGUCUAUAACGGGCGUUGCACUCAGCCCACAGCUGCUGAUACAGUACCUAAGGCCGCACCAGCAGCGUACAACCCUUAAACGCAAACGUACUGCGGAAGAAGGGAAAGAAGCUGAGGUGAAGCGUGUAGAGCGAGAAGGACAGGCACGCAAAUUCAAGAAGCUAAAGCAAACCUACGAGCAGAUCAAGGGUGGAUAUCUAGCCAAGCAAAGGACUGCCUGGCGGGGCCGACAGAAGAAAACUUACCAUGAUUGGGAUCAACUCAGCCGGCAGGAUCGUCAGGAUAUUCUGCAUGCAGAGAAGGCCAUGACUCGGAAUUGGCGAGCGCUCAAAGACCCAACUAGGAAGGAAGAUAUAUUGUUCCAGCAUCUUGACAAGAUGCUGAGAGACAAGAAGAAAGGUGCAGCAGUGCCUGCGAAGGUAUUGCCGCGAAAGCCAGGCCCUGCGUAGAUGUAUCUCCGAAGAGCAUGUAAUAUAGUACAUGACGUUCCCCGCUUCACGGGCUCCCGCUCUACGGCUUAGAAUUGGUGAUGUGAGA